AUGAAAAACACUCUAACUGAAAACAAUUUGUCUAAGUUUACUGUCUUUAAAAAUAACAUUAUAGAAUUUUUAUCUAAAUUUAACAUAUCACUAGAUGUCGAUCUUAUGUUAAGAGGCAUCGAUUUAUCAGAUAAAUCUUAUGAAGAAGUAUUAGAUAAUUUUUUAUUAAAAUAUUCUGAUAAGUAUAGAAUUUUUACAGCGUUAUAUAAUAAAGAAUAUCCUUAUGAUUUAGAACUUAAUAAAAAAAUAAAUAUACCUUUAGAAAUUCUUUAUACAGUAGAGUCAGAGAAGUUUUACGGGAUUAAAUUUAAAAAAAUACAGAAUAAAGCAAUUGUUGAUAUUGUUACUACAAAUAAUAUACUGUUAAAAGGGUUUGUAGUAGACAUUAAAUACGGUUUAGAAUAUUUUAUUAACUUUUUAAAUAGAUCUAAACUUGAAAUAGAUGUUAAGUAUUACAGUGACAACAUUUCUAAUAUAUUUGUUGUUAUUAACCAACAAACUUCUCCAUUUAUAAACAAAAUAGUUUUAUAUGAAAUAUAUAAAAAAAUUAAAGGACAUAAAGAAAUUACACAUCUAGCUGUUUAUACUCAAGAUAUUAAAAUAACUGUAUUAAAUAAUAAACUGGUAGAAAACUUUUAUUCUUCAUUCAAUUUAAGUGAUAUAUCAUAUUGUAUAAGAGAAUAUUUAGAUAGAAAUGGAUUUUUUGUACAUUUUUCAACAUUCUGUAUAGAUUGUAUUUCUUAUAUUUUGUAUUUGCAAAAUAAAAGAAGUACUAAUUAUCUUAGAGAUUUUCUUAAUUUUAGAUUUACUGGUUUUGUACUUAAUAAUGGUAUGGAAGUAACAAGAUCCGAUGAUAAUAAUAUAUUAGUUAUUAUAGAUAAUCUUAAAUAUACUGUUAGAUAUCCCAGUACUGACAUAUUAAAUAGAUUAAAGUAUUUAAAUAAGGAAGUAAUAUUACAAUACUACACCAAUAUUACUGUUUCGUAUUAUAAAUGUAAGAAUAUUAAUUCACAACUGUGUUUAAUCAAUUAUUCUGACUAUGAUAUGGUACUUUCAAAUAUUUACGUGACAGGAAGUAAGAAAAUACAAUAUUUAGAGGAUAAAACACCUAGUGAAAUAUUUGAAUAUAAAGAUUUACGGAUGCAUAUAUUAUAUAGUAAAGCUACACAUACACUUUUAAUUAAAUUUAAAGAAAAUAUUAAUAGAGAUUUAUUUUACAUGUAUUUAAUAAGUAUUUGUAAAUUUAAUUACAUGCUUAUUCAAUAA